UGCUCUCUAAAGCUGUUGAAAACUGGGCGAUGGCGGUGAGAUGUCUGAAUCUCGGAUGGACCAGCGACGAGCAAGAUUUCGAAUUGCUGCAAUAUAUGACUCAAGAUCCGUGGUUCACUAGAUCUUGGACGUUUCAUGAACAACAAUGCGCCGACGAUGUCGUUUACCUGCUGCCUAUACAACCAUCACUAAAGAGCAAGCUUGCUGAAGUUGCACCACAUGUGAUUUUCGAUCAUGAUGCCGUUAUAGACCAUGGUAUGGUGUAUUAUCGCAUUACUUCGACAACGAAGCAUGACAAAAACGACCCACUGCUCCAGUCAUACUUCCUGAGACAUAAUCAAGGCAACUGGAUGUCUGAGAACAUUCCUGGUACUAUUGAUACCGUCUACAAGAAGACACAGGGACGUUAUAAUCGUGUUCUAUCAGAUCGCAUCCAAAUUCUAGCCAAUGUCUGCAAUCUUCAGUGGAAACUGAACACAACGUUGCUGAACAACCCGGCGCUGAGUUUCAGCACAUCGCUCUUGGUUUUGGUCAUGGCAAAUACAUGGCCAGAUCUGGUCGCUCGAGCGCGCCAAUACGGAGAGCUAAAAUACUACCUUAUGGAGAAAAGUAUUGGGACUCUCAUGCGAGAAAUAAGUCGCAAGAAGCAUGCACAACACGUUUCUGGGCCUGUAGAGCUUUUAGGUCUAGAUCUUACAUCGCACCCGAAUGUAUGAAUAUUUGUAAUCUUUUGUCUCGAAUAUCUCAAUUGGUUUUAGUACUCAAACAGGAAAACUGCAUAGCUCGGAAAAUCCUCAAUCUGUCCACGGGAUCAAUGCGCAUGGUACUCGUAUAUUGAGACGGAAAGCCCCUAGCCAUCUAUCAAGAGAAGUAUCCCACCCCACUGGAUUAUAUCACCAC